CGACUGAAAAAGCGACGUUUGAAACUUUUCAAGCACUGCAAUGGAGCCGCAACCGACGAUCCUUAAGCUACUCUCCUGGAACAUUAACGCGGCCGUCGAACACAGGGCAGAAAGGAUAGCCGCCCUAUGCGACAUUGCACUGCAGCUGGACCCGGAUAUCCUAUGUUUCCAAGAAGUUUUGUCUGCAACCCACGACCAUAUCCAGCGUUAUCUUGCAGGGGACGGCUAUAACGAUUCAGGAUAUGAACGCGGCAGAGGCUUACACACUGUAGUCUACGUUCGCAAACACAUAGGCGCUGAUUUCCAGACUACUCCUUUGCCGGGGCGGAUGGGAAGAACCUGUAUCAUAGCUCGAUGUCGAGGCGUAGGCCUGACGAUCGCAAGCUGCCACCUCGAGUCGUUCAGGCACAAUUUCGAACGCCGGGUGGAACAAACACGCCAGAUUGACGCAGCUCUACAAUCCGAACAGCGCGCCGUGGUGUGCGGUGACAUGAACUUCAUUUUGCCGGAGGAGGCUUUCCCUCCACCGUGGCGGGACGUCGGGCCCACGGAAUACACUUACGACUCGCUGUUGAACACGAGUAUACGUGACGGUUUCCGUUCGCGAUUGGACCGUUUGUACGUCAAAGGAGUGGGCGAGUGCGACUCUCGUUUGGUAGGGUCGGAGCCAGUUGAUGGCAUGUUUGUCAGUGAUCACUUCGGGAUCUAUGCGGAAAUCGCUCUCGGAGCAACAGAUGAAUCGAUUAUGGGUCGCGCGCAGUAAAUGUUAUCAGAGAAACUUAAUGAUACGUGUGAGAUAUGAUAGAUACGAAACAUUGUCUGCGUUUACGGAAGAAGGGAUGUGGAAUGGGGCUGAUUCUGCAAAAACACCGGUGGCACGUGCGGGCAAGUGUAGCGUCCCUUACCGCCCGACUUAUUUCCGACGGUUCGCAUUGUUCAUGGGAUCACAUAUGGAUCUGCGAUUACCAUGCGAGUUGGGGGGUUUGGGGGGGGGGGG